AUGAUCUGCAGCAGUGAGGCGGUGCGGUCCAAUCAGCGACGAGGUAACCCUGGAAUGACGUCAUACUCAUUGCACCAAAAGAAAACACCAACCGUCCAACUUCCUACCUACUAUAUACAUUUCUUUCUAUUGUUACCUCGCUUCGAACGCUCCACAUCCUACCCUGCCCUCACUGUACAAGACACCAAGAGAUCAACCAGUCAUUCAAUAAAUCGACCGACCAUGGAGAGCGAUCUCAGUGUGAUCAUGCUCAUUAUUGUCACUAUCUUCAUGCAUCCUACAGUUCCCCCUCUCGGCGUAUUCCUCCUUUCCGGCUUCACUACCGAUCUCCUCAUCAACAUCAUUCUCACGAUCCUGGGGUGUCUAUUCUUAUAUUCCGCUGCUAAAGACCUUCCUGGCUCCCCAGGUACUUCCCGGGCCACAUCCACGCCUUCUACCUCGAAUACGUCUACUUCGAUCGGCGAAAGUCUGGCCCACAGGGUAAUCUGGGCCGCAAGCCCGCGCCGGGCGUCUACUCGCAGAAGAUCCAGAGUGGUGGCCAUGGCUUUCCCGCACCCGGGUAUGGGACGAUGCAGUAAAAAUCUGAAAGAAAACGAGCAGACAGACAGCAGGCUAACAGAAGGGGUGCACCUCGAACCGACGCCCAUGCUGGUUAGCGCUGAACUCUCUGCUUGCUGCCUCGCGAUGAUCGUCUUCUACGAGGCCGUCACUGUGUGGGUGGUGUAUAAUGUGUGGAGGUUCAUGGACAAAGGGGAUACCCUCCGUUCGUGGGAGGCUGAGGAAAUGAUGAUGAAUUGA